UUAGCGACAGUUCUCUUACGUCUUGCAGAUAGCCGGCUAGCUAGCCAGCUGCCGCUAGCACCGCUAGCAUAUGACGACACUAGGCAAUGACGACACUAUCAACGGCGCGCGUCUCUUCGCCCCUCCUCCGCUUUGAAAUUGACCGUAGACGUGCUUUUGUAAGACAACGUGGCUAUCGUUUCACGGUAACCCGUCUUUCCCCCCUCCUCCGCUUUGGACUUGAACUUACAGUGAUUUUCUGAAGUGUUUACUAAGACACACCGUAAGCUUUUACAAGGUAAGUGUAUCUCUCUCCCUCUGGUUUGAAAUUUAGCUUUGAAAGUGAUUUUUUUUUUAUGUGUUUCUUUAUCGAUUUCUUUGUUUCGGCACGUUCGGCACGAUGCUAAAGCCAGUUAGCGGAUAGUCAGCUAAGGGAAGCGUUUCUGUCCCUCCUCUGCUUUUGAAAUUGACCUCUAAAAGUGCUUUUCUGUGUCUUGACGCUGAUAUCUACAAAAUGACUGUGAUUUUAUUCCAGUGGUAUCGUUUGUAAUUAAACCUUUUUAAGAUACGACUCUCAAAAAAUAGCUUCGUUGCAGUCGCGUUUCACACGUCUCUUUGUCUCGUGGUGUUUUGUUGCUGGCUAGUUAGAGGAUAUUAAGCGUCUCCCAGUUUGAAAUUGAUUUUGAAAGUGAUUUACUAUGACAAGGUAAGCGUGUCUCUGGUUUGAAAUUUAGCUUUGAAAGUGAUUUUUUUUUUUUAUGUGUUUCUUUAUCGAUUUCUUUGUUUCGGCACGUUCGGCACGAUGCUAAAGCCAGUUAGCGGAUAGUCAGCUAAGGGAAGCGUUUCUGUCCCUCCUCUGCUUUUGAAAUUGACCUCUAAAAGUGCUUUUCUGUGUCUUGACGCUGAUAUCUACAAAAUGACUGUGAUUUUAUUCCAGUGGUAUCGUUUGUAAUUAAACCUUUUAAGAUGCGACUCUCACCGCGUCCGAAACAAUAGCUCCGUUGUAGUCACGUUUCACACCUCUCUUUGUCUGUCUUUAUAAGGCAUUAACUACAGCAGCCUUUAAUACAUCAACUCUUGAUUCAGCCAAGGUAAGUGCCCCCCCUUAUAUUUUCUAUGUAUGUGUUCAGCUGAUAUUUAGAAAAAAAAAUAGGUGUGUUUAGCGCUGGAUGUCAUUUUAUUCCAGAGCUGUUGUUUGUAAUUAAAACUUUUAAGAUUAGAUGGUACAGUGUUUUUACUCCCUUCCAAACAGUAAAGUUCCUCUUUGUCUCUCAGUAGGAAAUUUAAACCAGACAGUACAAGGCUACAUUUCAGUGUUACAAGCCAAUCAGUUUGCUGAUUGUUCUGUGAGAUUUGUUUGCAAAGUUUAAGGAGUUAAGUAGGACUGUGAACAUCUGGGUCUGCUUGCUGCUGGCAUUCUGCCAGAGCCUCAGCAACAAGACCGCCUCCCAGCAACGAGACUGCCUGUCAGCCUUGCAAGGUACCCAAUUUUCCAAUUACUCUAUAACAAAACUGUUGUGGGCAACAAGACUGUCUCCUAAGUUUGCAAGCCAAUCACUUUGCCAAAUGUUCUUGUAAGAUUUGUUUGAAAAGUUUGAGGUGUUAAGUAGGACUGUGAACAUCUGGGUUUGCUUGCUGCUGGCAUUCGAACAGCGUCUCAGCAACAACACUGCCUCCCAGCUUUGUAAGGUAAUUACUUUCCCAAUUACUGUACACCAAAACGAAGUAACUGUCUUGGUCAACAAGUCUGCCUCCCAACUUUCAAGGUAAUCACUUUCUCAAUUACAAUAUACAAACUGUUAUGGAACUUUACUUAACAAAGCCUUAAGACCGGGUAGUGACACUAUCAAUAUGUCUAUUUAAAGAAAAGAGAGAUUUUUUUUUUGUUCUUGUAGUCAUCUUGUCUGUCAAUGUAUCAGAGGGUUAAAAUAACAAAUUGCUUGAAAUGCCAAUAAUUAAUAUUCUGUUUUUAUGUUGACAUUCUACCAGAUGCCGAGAAAAAAUAAAAGAUCCCAGGCACAAAAGAAGCGCUGGAAACCACUUGACCUGGUCGAUCCUGCUGUCCCAAUGCUCACUGGCCACAACCAAGAUGAGGCAGUCAGUAGUUUUCCAUCUGACCAGCAGACGGCACCAGCCGGGUUAUCUUUGGAAACACAGGAUAGACCCACCUCCUUAUGUUCCCCAGGUACCAAGCAGACAGCACCAGCCAGCUUGUCCUUGGAAACGGAGAAUAGACCCACCUCCUUAUGUCCUCCAGGCAGCAAGAGUUCAGAAACUCGUCCACCAGCAAAACGAGUCCGGGCAACCGAUGAUUUCCACACGGCAUCAAAUUCUCCACCUAAAAAGCCUUUCCACAACAUAAAUGAACAACUACUGACAGAGGAGCUACAGAGCAACGCAGUUCAGCACUUCUGGUGUGUCAGUGCAACUCAUUGUCAAAGUGAUGAAAGGUACACAGAAUUCUCUCGAAAUCAUCAGUGCACAUGUAAUGCCCUCACAUUCCUGGCCUACCUUAAUGAGGAACACCAGUUCAACACAGCCCGACUUGAUAAGGUGCUUGAACAGGGAGAUGCACUCUACUGUUGGAUUAAAACAAAUCUUCAGCAGGAGAGGCGUUACACACAAGAUCAUUUGACCAUGGAGGACAUGCCCAAAGAAGUUCAUGCUGACAUAAAUGUCUACAGUGUGAAAAUGGACAACAUAAGGUACGGAUACCUGAAAGCAGAGGACAAAACUUAUCAAAGAAAAGGAUGGUGGUUGCCUCUUGCUAGUCGCCUUGUAUGUCUGUCAACAGAUGUGAACUAUGCUUUGCUCAUGGUUUCGCCUCAGUGCAUUGCAGUUUUCCGUGACAAAUCUGGGAGGUAUGGAUUAUUUGAUUCACAUUCAAGAAGUGCAGCAGGUUUACCCCAGCCAAAUGGAACAGCAGUCAUGCUCACUUUCACUCAUGUGAAUGACCUGAUCACCCACCUGCAUAACCUUUUCCAAAAUCAAGGCAGGUAUGCAAGAUAUGAGUUUGUGCCUGUUUCUUUCAAAAGAGUCAGCACUCACAACGAACAGCCUGCACAGUCAACUCAAGCAACACCAGGAGCAACAGCUACAUCACCACAAAAUGAACCACAAAUCACAAAUCCCACUGUGCAAGUGCCUCAACCAGAAUCAGCCCAAACCUACAUGACAAUGUUAGAAAGUGCUUUAAACCCACAACAAGACAAAAUGGCUUCAAAUCAAAUUUGUGAACAUCAACUUGAAACAUCUGUUGAUCCAACAAGCAACAUCCAGAAAGAACAACAAGAAAUUGGCCUCAAUAAUGAAAGAGAUAAAGUAAAAGAUAAAACCCACCAAAAAGCAAGAAAUGUGAGCAGAUUAAAUAAAGGACGACGUGGGAAAGCUAUUCGUCAAGCUCAAAAAGUCAGAGGAGUAUGUAAAAGCUAA